AUGCUUAAUCCGUUAUGGAUGGCUGAAGAUGAGAUCGAUCAUCCUCAAGCCGAACCAACGCACAACAACAGAAAAGAACUUCGAAAUGAGGAGGAUGAGGAUAUACUGGAUCAAUUCAAAAAGCUGCUGCGUUAUUCAAGGAACACUAGCAAGCAUAAUUUUAGAAGAAAUAUGGCCAAGACCGAGAAUUCCAGCAAGUUUUUAUGGAUCAAGCCCCAACAAACGUCGGAGUGGCUAAAUUCAGUGGCUUCCCUAAUGAUCAAACGAUUGAAUAUGGGAAAACCGGUGACCCAAAUACGUCCUCACUUUUUAACGAGCUUGCUUGGUCCAUCUUCGUGUUCUCAUUUCUCUUCAACGAACAUUCUUUAUGCAGAGGUCAUGACUUCUCGCAUUGUUGAAUCUUUGAAAAAUAGCCCAAAACCACAAACGCUGGUUCUCCUCGGAAAGACGAGAGAAGAAAGAAUUGAUGUGAUCACCCAAACUUUGGAUAAACUAUUCUUCGAGUGCACAGCUCAAAAGAAUAGCGAAGAACUCAAUAACAGCCCGAAAGCUAGAGAAACGGAUGGUGGGUAUCGAUUUUCAAAGUGCAUUCUUUCCGAACAAUUGUGCCUCCUGUAUAAACUCGGAUCCAGUCGAGAUGUUUCAUCACCAUACGGAAUGAUAAAGCCGAGUUUUGGAUUUAAUAUUACUCUCACUUUCAAAAGGGGUACUGACACGUAUCAAGUCAAUCCUUCAAUCAUGGAUUUUGAUGUAUUAGCGUUUUUAUUUAAUCGAUAUGAAAUUGAGUACAUAUUAAAAAGAAAGACGAAUCCAUAUCAAAGCUCAGUUCGUCUAAUACUGGAACAUUUCGAAAUAUUUAAAGAUUUGCUUUGUGCUCCAACAAAGAUGAUAGAACCGCUUCUUGGUCAUACGUUUAUUGGAUUAAAACAUUUCAGUUUCAUAGAGGAGCUGAAAAAAGACACUACUAACGCAGAAGCUAAAUUUUAUGAUUUACUCAAGAAUGUGAAACGAGCUCUCAAAUGUUCUACUCGAGAAAUUAAUGCUUUUUUGAGGGGUCUUUCAAUGGUAUUAUUACUCAUCGAUAUUGAUGACAGAUCUUCCGUAGAUGUAUUCAAAGAAGGAUUAAGAAUGGAUAUGGAAAGGCAUAUUGAAACCUUUGAUAGCGAAUUGUUGGCACAUUUGUGUGACAUACUGCAAAUGGAAAGAUUUGAGGUGCUGAAAAACAUGAACUCCAUGAUCAGCGGAAAAGUUUUACCAGGUACCUUCAAAAGUAGUACAGAUUUUGCGUGUGUUGUGUACGAAGCAAUUUUCAGAUGGGUUGUAGAAAAGGGACACCUUGCUUCAAAGUCCUUCACGAACAUCGAAGAAGCAGAAGACGAAUUGGAGCCGGAUCAGCUGUCUGCCAUUCAUAUAAUUAGUUUGCCUGAGCUCGCUCAUAAUAAUUCGUUGCAUUAUUUUGGUGAUUUAUGGUGCAAUGUUAGUAGCGAGCAUUUAUACUCUUGGGCUUUACAGUAUCUUAUUGAAGACAUCUCAUCCAUUCAUACCAGAGAGGGGUACAAGCUUACGGAUCCUCUUGUGGACGUCCUAGAGAAGUCACCAAGUCGAGAAGUCAUAGACUUUUUAUUGGGAAGCCAAGGAAUAUUAUGCACAUUCCCCGCUUUGUCUCAACAAUCAGCCUAUCAAGAAAAGUAUGAAGCGAUUGAUAGUAUUAUUCAAUAUUUUAGAAACAAUUCGUACUAUGGGUUAAGCUGUGUGAACAUAUGUAAGUCUGAUGAAGACCAUCUUGUUAUCGACCACUCAUUUGGUCGAUUUGAGUACAGUAUGGAUGCAAUCUUUCCAACGGCUGUGAACGAAGCACCGGAGUAUCAAAUAAUUCGUAAUGGAAUACCCUGCGUUGAUAUUAGCGAAACUCAUAAGGAGUUUUUGGCAAACAUGAAACAAUUAUUGAGCUCAACGGCCUUAAAUGCGGACCCUACAUUUCUUACAUUUUGUUAUUUGAACACCUCCAGCUCAACAGACACACAAUUAGCAGAGUCAUCAUUUUCCAAUUUGACCUCACAAAUUGCAUGUAGCGUGCUUUCAUUUGUUGCAGAAACAAAUGAAAAAUCUUUCGAUUAUGUUCUCUCUCCAACCACAUUUUGGAGAACAUUCAAUAGCUUAACAUUCAAGCUACAGUUUUUAAAGGAUUCCAACACCAGCAAACGAAAAGACAUGGUGUCAUUAGCCACAAACGUUUUGCAGCAUUAUCUAGGUUCAAAUCAUGACUCUAACGACAAGCUGUCCUACUUUGUUGGGAAAUACAACAUUUUAAUGAAAAAAGAUGCCUAUGAUUUUCUCAGGAAAAGGGUUCUUCAAAUAAUGGAGGAAGCAGCAUUAGUAAUUCAGCGACAAUGGAGAUUAGUUAUAAUAAGACGACAAAUUUUCAAAUCUCUCAGAGAAUUAAUAUCUAAGAGAAGAGAUCCCUUAAGAAAGAACGACGUUGCAAACGAGGAUUCUAAACCAAAUGUAACAACAAUGGUUGAUGACGCACGUAACACAUCACAACCAACUCCUAUCAAAGAAAGAAAAAAGAAGAUGCAAAAAUCGUACGCCUAUAGUUUAAUGAAGAGAAAGGAAAACACAAAACAUGGAAUUGACAAAUCUCAGCUACCCCAAAAAGCGCUAGUUAAGAAAAAGUCAUCAUUAUCAAUCUCGCAAAACAAACCUGUAAUUUUAUCACGCAACGAAAAGGUCAUUGAGAGUGUAAUUGUAAUUCAAGCGUUCAUACGUGGUGGUUUAUUGAAGAGACAAAUUUCUACGCUUGAGCGAUUGGCUGUGAUGCUUCAAUCCUUGUACAGAGAGAGGAAAUAUUCUGAAAUUGAAAAAGAGCUUCGUAAGCGAAAAUUUGAAGUCAUCAAACGGAAAAACGAGCAAAAGAAGAAUGAAUUUGAUAGACAAAAUCGAGCUGCACUUACCAUCCAACACGCAUGGAAAAAGUUUAAAACAAGAUAUUUCCACACACAUUUGCUUGAGGCAGUAAUCAUCAUUCAGAGGGCCUGGAGAGCGUAUAAGACGCGAAGAGCAAUCGAUUUAGCUCUUAAAAACAACAAAGCCAAACGUCAGCAAGAAAAAAGAAGGCUAGAUCUUGAAGAUCGUGAAAGAAAGAUUAGAGAGGCUGAAUCAAGAAUUGCCAAAUACUCUCAGGAACUGGAAGAGAAACAAAAACUUUUGAAAGAAGAAGAGCAACGUCUCAUGAAAAACCAAUUCAUGGAAAGAAAACAAAAGGAGGAGAAACUAUGGGCAACGGUUUCUGAAAUCAGUACCAGCUUGUUACUUUCGCGUGGUAGUACCUUAAAUAUUACUCACGGAUCGUCUUCGGGCAGUGUUAGCAGUAUGACAUCUUCUCAAGACGAUAGAUGCAGUAGUGAAGGAUCUCCGAAAAAGAAAACGUAUUCAGACUUUUUGAAAGAAACCUAUGGCAAUGCUCCGGUCGUCAAGCUCAAAGAAAAAACCCCUAAAAUAGCAAAACAGCAUUCCUCCAAUGUUUCUCCAAAGAAAGAGGUAAAAACACCGAAGAACGUGAGCUCCUUUCGAAAAAGUUUUCUCAAUACUGGCGCUAGUAGCGGCGAUAGACACGGAGUCACAACAAGUGCGUCGCCCAAACCUCCAACAAUUCCCAAACUUGCGCUCAAUAAGAUUUUCCUUAACAAUACAACACAUGGCAUGACGUCCAUUAAGAAACAACAGUCAAAAACUGUAUACGCCACUCCAGUACAAGAGAGCAAAAAACAGUCCGAAGAUGGGUGGUUGACAUGGCAGAAGGGCAUAGACGAGUUGAGUCAAAUUCUGCGAAAGGAAUAG